ACCUGGCAACCGCUGGGAGCUUCUGCCCUAUUCUGCCGCUAGAUGGCAGCUAGCAUCAGGUUGGUGCCUUUUACGGACGUGGAGGAAUUGAGCGAAGUCUUCGCUGAGGGGAGCACCCAGAGGCACGAACUGGAAUUACUCGUGUCUUUCGAUCGGUCUUCCCAAGAUUCUAAGGUGAAGAGAUUUUGCUCCAAAAAUAUUCUGAUCAUCCUUGGUUUCUCCUCUAUCUCGGCUGUGAUAGCUUUGAUUGCUGUGGGACUGACCCAGAACAAACCAUUGCCAGAAAAUGUUAAGUAUGGGAUUGUGCUGGACGCGGGGUCGUCUCACACCAACCUAUACAUCUACAAGUGGCCAGCUGAGAAGGAGAAUGACACAGGGGUGGUGCAGCAGUUAGAGGAGUGCCCAGUGAAAGGUCCUGGAAUCUCAAAAUAUGCUCAGAAAACAGAUGAGAUAGGCGCAUACCUGGCUGAAUGCAUGGAAAUGUCUGCUGAAUUGAUACCAACCUCCAAGCAACAGCAGACCCCUGUUUACCUGGGAGCCACGGCAGGCAUGCGCUUGCUUAGAAUGGAAAACGAGCAAUCGGCAGAUGAGGUCCUGGCUGCAGUGUCAAGGAGCCUUAGGAACUACCCCUUUGACUUCCAGGGUGCCAAGAUCAUCACUGGACAAGAGGAAGGUGCCUAUGGAUGGAUUACUAUCAACUAUCUGCUGGGCAGAUUCACUCAGGAGCAGAGUUGGCUAAGCUUCAUCUCAGACAGCCAGAAACAGGAAACGUUUGGUGCUCUGGAUCUUGGUGGAGCCUCUACACAGAUCACCUUCGUGCCCCUAAACAGCACCAUAGAGUCCCCAGAAAACUCUCUGCAAUUCCGUCUCUAUGGCGAGGACUACACUGUGUACACACACAGCUUCCUGUGCUAUGGAAAGGAUCAGGCUCUCUGGCAGAAACUGGCCAAGGACAUUCAGGUUUCAAGUGGUGGCAUUCUUAAGGACCCAUGCUUUAACCCAGGAUAUAAGAAGGUUGUGAAUGUAAGCGAACUCUAUGGGACUCCCUGCACCAAAAGAUUUGAAAAGAAGCUACCUUUUGAUCAGUUUCAAGUUCAGGGCACUGGAGACUAUGAACAGUGCCACCAGAGCAUCCUUAAGCUCUUCGACAACAGCCACUGCCCUUACUCCCAGUGCGCCUUCAAUGGUGUCUUCUUGCCACCUCUCCAUGGGAGUUUUGGGGCAUUUUCUGCUUUCUACUUUGUGAUGGAUUUUUUUAAGAAGACGGCAAACGACAGCGUCUCCUCUCAGGAGAAAAUGACUGAGAUAACAAAAAAUUUUUGCUCAAAACCUUGGGAGGAGGUAAAAAGAUCUCAUCCUAAAGUAAAGGAGAAGUACCUGAGUGAGUACUGCUUCUCGGGCACCUACAUCCUUUCUCUCCUUCUGCAAGGCUAUAACUUCACAGGCAAUUCCUGGGACCAGAUUCAUUUUAUGGGCAAGAUCAAAGAGAGCAACGCAGGGUGGACUUUGGGCUACAUGCUGAACCUGACCAACAUGAUCCCAGCUGAGCAGCCGUUGUCCCCGCCUCUCCCUCACUCCACCUACAUCAGCCUCAUGGUUCUCUUCUCCCUGGUCUUGGUUGCGGUGGCCAUCACAGGCCUGUUCAUCUAUAGCAAGCCUUCAUAUUUCUGGAAAGAGGCGGUAUAGCAGGAGAGCUGAAAUGUGCUGGCUGGAGAGAGAAAACUCUGCCCAGGGAGCAGGUUCCUCCCUGCAGGGGAGGCCUGAGUCACCCUGCCCGGCUUCCCUGGGACAGUCUAGGCCAACGUGAAACCUCCGAGGCUUCCUGAGGCCUUUUCUUGGGGACACUCAACACCCUCUUCCUCAAGGACUUCCUGGUGACACUCUCUUGUCUUUUCCAGUUACCCUCUUUCUCCUUUGUCCUCUGUGCUUGGGAUCACAACUCUCUCUCUCGUGAUCUGUGCUUCAUAAAAGAACAAUAUCAACUUUGUCUCAAAGAACCAAAAGUCCUGAGUGCCACACUGCUCAAGCUGAGCUGGCUGAAAGGCGAAACUCGGAAACUGUCUCAGCUGUAGCUUUGGGACACCCCUGCCCCACAUCUCCUAAUAAAGCCGCCAUGCAGUGCCUUUGGAGAGAAGAGACACAAACCCAUUCCAAGCCUGCCCUUUGGUUAGGUGAAUUUUCUAAAGUAGAUAAAUAUGUGCUAAAGCCAACCCUUUGGUUAGGUGAAUUUUCUAAAGUAGAUAAAUAUGUGCUAAAAGC